AUGACGGAUCUAAUGGACAGUGCAACGGAGCCGACAUCUACUGAUGAACACCAACUGAAUGGGAUUAUUCAGAAGGAUUUGGUGCUUAAUGAGAAGACGUCAAAUGAGCCGAAUGAUGGGAGCGAGGAUAUGGUUACACCUUGGGACGUUGCGGCAUCAAGCGCCAAAGGCAUUGAUUAUGAUAAGCUGAUCGAGAAAUUCGGUUGCCGUAAAGUGGAUCAAAGUCUUAUCGAUCGAUUUGAGAAAGUGACCGGUAAGAAAGCGCAUCCGAUGCUCAGAAGAGGACUGUUUUUUGCUCACAGAGACUUAUCGCAGAUUUUGGAUCGUGUUGAACAGAAGAAGCCAUUCUUCAUUUAUACGGGUCGAGGACCGAGUAGUGGUAGUCUGCAUCUUGGUCAUCUGAUUCCAUUUCUUUUCACUAAGUUUCUUCAAGAAGCCUUUGAUGUACCUCUGAUAAUACAGAUAACUGAUGAUGAGAAAUUUCUGUGGAAAGAUAUGAACGUGGAUCAAGCGCGUAAGAUGGCGAAUGAGAAUAUGAAAGAUAUAAUUGCGUGCGGCUUUGAUCCCGAAACAACAUUCAUGUUCACAGAUACCAAAUAUAUGUGUCCGGCAUUUUACGAGAACGUUUUGAAAGUAUGGAAAUUGGUAACGUAUAACCAGGCACGAGCCAUAUUUGGGUUCACAAAUGAGGAUUCAAUUGGCAAAGUGGCAUUUCCAGCUAUUGAGGCGGCACCCUGUUUCAGCAGCAGUUUUCCGCAUGUUUUUGCUGGUCGAAAAGAUAUUCCUUGCAUUGUUCCGGCAGCCAUUGAUCAGGUUUGGAAAAUUUUUUGA